CUUUAUGAGGCAGUUCAUGAUGCUGAAAGAAUUCUUUACAGCACAUCUGAAUACUCGAGUUUGCGAAGCCCGGCAGUAAACUGACUGCCCCCGGAUUCAUCGUGGUGUGUCACAUUGCAGGAUGAGGGUAACGGUCCGAUUUUCCUUCCUGCAGGCUUGCGACUACACUAAACGCACUAAAUACGUACUAAAUACAUGUCACAGAACUGGUCGCAACAUCACACUAUGGCAUCAUCCAUGCACCUACCCUGAACCCCACGACUCGUGGCUUCGGAUUUGUACUCAGCAUCCUGGUCUAGCUAAUGGUUUCCAAUGGGUUUAGGUAACAUGUUCGACACAAACGUACCUCAUAUUGGCUCUGGAGUCACUAUGAGAGCAAAGGUUGGCUCAAGCGACUAGUAUAUAAGCAAUUGCUAGGGGGGGGGUUCGAGUUUGGGUGAGGUAUGAAGAUAACGGCUCGAAGUUCAUUAGCACGCCGCAGACUUGUUUGGCAGGUGUUACCAUUUUGCAUGGUUUCGGAAAUGGGGGCCUUGAUUCAACAUGGUGGAGACACGAUCAGGAGUUGUGCGUCCUGGUGGCUGGCCAUGUGUGGUGGCGAGGCAUUUACAUUGCAGUUGGAGGAUCCGUUUGCUGGAUUGGGGCUGGAGAGCUUGACGAUUCUGAAUCCGUAUGGCCCGACUGAGGAGACCAUUAUUGCAACUGUGGGCGAGGUGGAUUAUCGGGGUGUAGCAGCGACUGGGGGUGGAAAUAUUAGUGUCGGACAGGCAAUACCCGGUUAUGCAGUGUAUAUCGUGGACAAGAAGAAUCAAGCUGUCACUCCUGGAUUUCCCGGGCAGGUAGCCCUCGCAGGGCCUAGCGUAGCGUCAGGCUAUCUACGCCAGCCGGAACUCAUGAAGGCCAAAUUCAUCUCCGACACUGUUUCCCCACCUUCGGACAAGUCCGUAUGGGGUUGGCUCUAUUUGACGGGCGACAAGGGACGAAUGAUGCAAGAUGGAAGUUUUCAAAUCCUGGGCUGCACCGACGGCGACAACCAGGUCAAGAUACGCGGCAUCCGCAUCGAACUACCGGAAACUUCCAGUGCUCUGGUCAAAGCUUCUGCCGGUGCCAUUGUCGAUAGCGCGGUAGUGGUCAGGGGCACAGGACCGGGACAGUUCCUCGUUGCCUUUGUUGUGUUUGCUAGUGGGUAUCCGCUGCAGAAGUCACUUGGACAGGAAAGGGGUGAUCACCAGGUCCAGGACUAUCUUGGGCAGAUGAUACAGGCACUGCCAUUGCCGAUGUACAUGCGACCCGCGCUUGCUGUGCCCAUUGUCAGCCUCCCAGUCACCGGACGGGGAAAGCUCGAUACGAAGGUCUUACAGGCGUUGGCCUUGCCCCAAAUCUCAGGCGCUGUCGACACGGGAGCAAACGAGGUUCUGAACAAGACGGAACGCCAACUCAAGGAAUCGAGUACUCUCGGAGAUCUAGCUGCGCAUAUUUCCAAUAAAACUACUCCCACUCUUACUUCUACCACAGAAAACAAGCACGAGUACACGCACAAGCAGGCCAUCGACUGGGAAGAAGAGACGCCCUGUCCAGGACAUACUGUCCCGUCUGAACGAUCUCAAACAAACCAAAGUCGCUGCCACCACCAUCACCAAACCCAAAGGCUCCAUCAUCGUCGUACUAACAGGCGCAACCGGCUUCCUAGGCAGUGGUAUACUCCGGCACCUCGCCUCCAGUCUCCACGUCUCACGCAUUCACUGCGUCGCCAUUCGCAACAACCGGCCACUCUCUCUCUCUCUCCUCCCACCAUCAUCCCCCACGCCGGUGAUCUGUCCCUCUCCUUACUAGACAUGUCCAAUCUCGAAGCCGCCGCCGUGCUGGCCGAGACCGACAUCAUCAUCCACAACGGUGCCACCGUGUCGCACCUCCAAAACUACGGCAGCCUGCGCGGGCCCAACGUCGCCUCAACGCAGGAGCUGGUCCGCAUGGCCUUGAUUUUCGGCAACAACAAGAACGAGAACGGUUAUAAAACACCGAUACCAAUUCAUUUCAUCUCCAAAGGCGGCGUGGCACAUCUCUCGGGCCUCGCCGAAUAG